AUAAUUUCGAUUACGAUAGCUAUCGAUAUACUAUCGACAUUUUUCCAUCUGUAAUGGGGGGCUUAACAGGUUUGAAGAGAUAAAAUUAAGAUUAUAGAUCAAUUGUGGAAAUAGAUUUUCAUUUUUAUCGGUUUACGAUAUUUCGUGGAAAUAAAAAAUGACGGAAAGUUCUGAUGAAAGCUCAGAAGAAUCAAGCUGGGUAUUAUACAGAGAUCGUGAGGAAUGGAGAGAUGUAGUUCCUGUGCCUCAAGAUGAUGGUCCUAAUCCUAUUGUUUCAAUUGCUUAUUCUUUGAAAUUUAGGGACACAUAUGACUAUUUCCGAGCUAUUCUAAAAUCUGGUGAAAAGUCAGAACGUGCAUUAGCUUUAACAGAAGAUUGUAUCUAUCUUAAUCCAGCAAAUUAUACCGUAUGGCAAUAUAGAAGAGAAAUACUUAAAGCUCUUGGAAAAGAAUUAAGAGAUGAAUUAAAAUCUACUAAUAUUCUCACAGAAUAUAAUUCUAAAAAUUAUCAAGUGUGGCAUCAUAGGAAACUUAUUGUUGAAUGGCUCCAAGAUGCUAGUGGAGAAUUAGAGUUUACAGAAAAUAUUUUGAAAAUUGAUGCAAAAAAUUAUCAUGUUUGGCAGCAUCGUCAAUGGUGUAUAAAAACAUUUAAUUUAUUUGAGAAAGAGUUGGAAUAUACAGAACAUUUAUUGAAUGAAGAUAUUCGCAAUAAUUCUGCUUGGAAUCAGCGUUAUUUUGUAAUAAAUAACACAACCAAGUUUGAACAAAAUAUAAUUGACAGAGAAAUUGACUUUGCCCUGGAUAAAAUAGAAUUAGUUAAAGGCAAUGAAAGUGCUUGGAAUUACCUUCGAGGUAUUUUGAUGCAUGAUAGUAAUGGUUUGGCCUAUAAUGAAAAAGUAAGACAAAAAUGUGAGGAAUUGUAUCAUGCUGGUUGUCGUGUUAAUCAUUUACUAGCCUGUAUUAUAGACAUUUGUCAAGAGAAACCAAUAUCAGAUGAGUCAUCUAAUUCAAUAUUUCAUAUUGACAAUGCUCUUAAGCUAUGUAAAGAAUUAUCUGAAAAACAUGAUCCAAUAAGAAGAAGAUAUUGGGAUUUUGUUGGUCAACAAUUAAUGGAAAAAAAGAAGUCAGAGUCUAUAAAAACGUAGUUUAUUCUACAUUUUUAUAAAAACAUAAUUUGAAUUGAUAUUAUAAUCCACAUAUGAGGAACUGUGUAUUAUAUAUUUCUAUGUUGAAAUGAUGAUAAAUAUAUCAAUAUAAAAUAUAUUGAUAUAAAUAUAGAUAUGAAAUGUAUUGUUUAUAAGAUUUGAUAAUGCAUUUUAGUCAAUAUUAUUAAUUAACAGAUCACCUUAUAAAUAAAAGUUAGUAACUGGACAAAUUUUAUAAGAUAUAUACAAAAAAAUUCAUAAUACUUUAUGCAAUAUUUUUAAGUGUAAUAAAAAAUAAAAUAAGUUGUAUAAUUAUCAAUGGAAAAAAAUAAAAUGGUGAAGACUUUUACAAAGUA